CAAAAACAUUGAAUGAGAGCGUUGAAAAUCGGGGUUAACGCGUUAAAUGCAAUCAAUAUUGAAUUUAAAGAGUGAAUCUAAUCAAAUAUAGUGAAAACUUAAUGUGAAUGAGAUACUGGACUAAGACACGUAAGCUUAUACGUGCUGCACAACACAGAGGACUAUUAGAACUGCCGCACCUGCAAUUUACUGUGAUAACAAUGAACAUUUGUUACAAAUCGCUGACUACAAUUGCUCAAUGACUAAUACUAAAUAGUAUUUAAUUCUGAUUAACUUUGUUUCAGUGAAAAUGCAUUGAGGAGAUGAAGCUCAUGGUUAAUGAUUCAAGGAAGGGCUCAGUGCAAUUCUAGUGCGGUUGUAGUAAGUGAGCAGGCUGCGUACCCACUCAACUGCUUUUGUCUGUCUGCGGAUCAAUGUCUGUUCAAUGGUUGUAAAUAUCGGUCGUAUAUAUGUACUGUUAUAUAUCUUAUAUAUAUGUAAUUAAAAAUUAGCCAAAUGUUUUCGACACAACGGCGGAUAUGACUUAUUAACUUCAAUCGCCGGAUUAUCAUCAUUUUAUUAUAAUUGAAAUACCUUGAAUAGGUGCAAAGUGUACAAAAUACAUAACAUAUAUACAUACAUAUGUGUAUAAUAAUCUUGUAUAGAACGUUAUAAACUGCGAGCGUUGUGUUUCUGAUAUGUUAUCUAUAUAUUUUUCUAUUUCCAAACAAUAGUUGGUUUUCGGUGCUCGAACUGUGCGGUUCGCAGUAAAGUCAGUUAGUAUUUGAGUGCUAUAGCGCUUUGGCAUAAUUACAAAAAAAAAAAUAAGUAAAAUAAUUAAAUAUUGUAACAUACAUAGAAAAACGUUAAUUGCUGUGCAAACGCAGAAAGUUCAACAUGGUGGCAAAUACUAAUAACAAUGAGAUCGAGCCGGAGGAGCGUCAUUCGGACAACAUAUACGAGGACAAAAUCAUAUUCCCGGACUUCAAGACUGGACCGUUGACCAAAUAUCGUCAGCUUUCGACAUUCUGCUACAAACGCAUGAACGUCCUCCUGGAGGGUGAGGAGCACAUACGUCUAAAGCAUCGCAUAUGGAAUUUCAUGGAAAAGCAUCCCGACUUUCAACGUGAAUUGGAAACACCAUCACUGGAUCGUCAACGUCAAGUGGCUAACAAACGUGGUCAAUUACUAUGGGAUAAGCAGUUCUAUGGAUUAAGCGACUAUGUCGCGGCGCCCCAUCUGUCACUGGCCUUGGCACAGGGUAUGUUCUCGUAUGAGAACAGCUUCGCCGUGAAAUAUUCACUCUCGAACGGCAUGUUUCCGAGCACAAUUCUCUCGCUGGGCACUGAGCGCUUGGCCAAGUAUGCCGCGAAAAUUGCAAAUAAUGAAAUUUUGGGCGCCUUUGCGCUCACGGAAAUCUCACACGGCACCAAUGCACGUGGCAUGCGCACGCGCGCCACCUAUGAUCCCAAGACGCGUGAGUUCAUUAUACAUACUCCGGACUUUGAGGCGGCCAAGUGUUGGGUUGGCAAUUUGGGCAAGACUUGUACGCACGCCAUCGUGUAUGCGCAGCUGUAUGUGCCCGAUGAUACGUAUCAGGGGCUGAAUGCGUUCCUCGUGCCAAUACGUGACGAGCGUACGCUGCUGCCGUACCCCGGUGUGACUGUUGGCGAUUUGGGAGAGAAGGUCGGCUUGAAUGGUCUGGAUAAUGGCUUUGUGAUGUUCAACGAAUACCGCAUCCCCGGUGAGAACUUGCUCUCGAAGACCGGUGAUAUCGAUGCGGAUGGCAAUUAUGUGAGCAAAAUCAAGGAUAGUCGCAAACGCUUGGGCGCCUCCUUGGGUUCGCUCUCGGCUGGACGCGUGAAUAUAUGCUCGUUAGGUUAUGUGGCGCUCAGCAAAGCAAUAACAAUCGCCACACGCUACUCCGCCUGCCGCAAGCAGUUCGGUCCCGAAGACAGCAACGAAGAGUGGCCUGUCAUCGAAUAUCAAUCACAGCAAUAUCGCCUUUUGCCACACCUGGCCACCGCCUAUGCGCUGCGUAUAUUCACGAUGUGGAUCGGCACAGCCAACGUGGAUUUGACUUUCCGCACCAUUAUGGGCGAAGACACCUCCAGCAAGGGCAUGGAAAUACACGCGGUCUCCUCGGCCGCCAAGCCGGUGUGCACUUGGGCGGCGCGCGACGGCAUACAAGAAUGCCGCGAGGCGUGCGGUGGUCAUGGCUACUUGAAGAUCGCCGGUCUGGGUGAGCUGCGCAACGACAACGACGCCAAUUGUACUUACGAGGGCGAGAAUAAUACGCUCAUACAGCAGGCGUCCAACUGGCUGAUAAGCUUGCGACGCAGCAAUGCCAACUUCGCCGACAGUUCACCUUUGGGCUCUGUGGUCUUCUUGCAGGAUAUGGAUGCGAUAUUGCGCACAACAGCGACCGAAAGCAGCGCGCAGGAGGCGCUGCAACCAGACAAUCUCUUGAAGGCGCUGAAUUGGUUGGUGGCCUUCCAGCUGGACAGAACAGUGCAGCGCUACGAAAGUCUACGAAAGCAGGGACAAAAUGCAUUCGAGACACGCAACAACAUACAGGUCUUCAACGCGCAACAACUCUCCAUUAUCUACGCGCAGCGCACAAUUUACUAUGUGUUCCACCGCUUCGUCAACGACUUGCCGCCUUCGAAUGAGCGAAAUGUGCUCGCCACCCUCUUGUCGUUCUACGGCGCCGAUUUGGUCACGAAGCACAUCGGCAGCUUCUAUCAAGGUGGCUACUUCCAGCACAAAGCGCAAGCGGAACUCUACCACGAGGGAAUUUUGACGCUGUUGCCGGUGCUGAAGAACGAGGCCAUAACGCUGAUCGAUGCGAUUGCGCCAACGGACUUCAUACUCAACUCGCCGCUCGGCAUGAGUGAUGGCAAUAUUUACCAGCAUUUGCAGCGCGCCAUCGUGCAGGCGCCUGGCGUGUUCGAAAGACCGAGCUGGUGGCGUGACGUUACUUACAAGGAGUACUUGCAGAAGUCGAAGAUGUAGAUUUAGCUUUUACUUAGAGUUGUGAAUUUUAUACAAUCAUUUUUCUAUUUUAUUCAAUUUCAAUAAUUUAAUUUUUUUUGUGUUGUUGCACAAUGUAUAGAGAGUAUAGAAAAUAAUAUUAGAAUUAUUUUUAAAUUUUUAGCAAUUUGUGCUUUCAAUAGAUUUUCGCUUACACACGACAUACAUAUAAACAUAUACAUAUAUACAUAAAUUAUUUGUGCUUUACAAUAGAGAGCCUUACUUAGCACUUACUGACUGUGUAUGCAACAAAGAUUUUGCCUUGUUGCUAACAUACAUACUUACGAACAGAUUUGUUGUGUUGUCUAUACUUAAAUUUUUAUAUACAAAAUAUAUAUAUACAUUGUUGUUGUAAAUUGUUA